CAGAAUGCCGCGCAUAUGCCUCCUUGCGCUCAUCGGCCUUCCAGGGGCCGGCAAGUCUACACUAUGCGCCUGGCUGCUCGGUCAGGAGCCUGCCCUGCCAGGUCGCCACCUUGUCCACCUAUGCUACGACGACUUCCUUGACGUUGGACCCACUUCCUCCGAGCUGCCGUACAAGGAGCAGCGUGCGCUUAUCUUUAAACUUCUAAAACAAAUUGUUGCUGCUAUUCGGAAAGGCGCCGCUUGGCCUAGUCAAGUCCGGCGCACAACUGGCGGCACCACCGAGUCCAGUGGAGACUAUCUUAUCCUGUGCGACGACAACUUCUACUACCGCAGCAUGCGCUACAAGCUGCACCAGCUGAGCCGCGAUGAGGGAUGCGUCUUUGGCCAGAUUUACAUCGCCAGUUCCCUGGACUUUUGCCUGCAAGCUAACGCGAGGCGGAGCGGCGACGGUCGCAUACCCGAUGAUGUGGUGCGAGAAAUGCACGAUAGGAUGGAGGCGCCGGGAUCGGAGGCCUGGGAAAGUAACAGCCUGACAGUGACCAACGCAGAUCCCGAAGUCGUGGGCUGUGUGAUACUUAACUUUUUAAAUUCCCUUAAUGUCAAGCCGGUUGUAGAACAGUCAUCAAAAACUGGGCAGCAUCCGCAGCAGGUACAAUCCUUGGUGCACAGUCUGGAUCUGUUGUUGCGGGGGCGCAUUAAGACACUUCUGCAAGGACUAACUCAGUCGGCGGACAAGCGGACGGUGAGCGGGAGACUAAACGAGGAACGGAAGCGGAUACUGGAACGAUUUCGGAGAAAUGCGGGCGGGGGCCAGCAGGCGGACCUAAACUACUACGUAGAAUUGUUAAACUAGAGUAAGACUUAAAUAUAAAUUUGUUACUUGACCGGA